GUCACUAGGGAGCGCGGACAGAAGACGCCGCUGGCCGCUGCGGAGUCCCGGAGGCAGGACGACCCAAGGCUUUGGAGGAACGAAGAGGGCGCGCCCCUAAAGAUUGGGCUGGACUAGAACUCACAAUGAUCCUCCUGCCUCAACCUCCUGAAUGUAGAGCUACAGGUACAGAGGAAGCUACAGGAUGUCAGAUACAGAAGAAAAUCCCCCAGAGGAAACAGGAGAACGUGUAGACACCGAACAAGAAGAGGAAUACAAUCCAAGUUCUGAAGAAGAAAAUCUGCAGCAGAGUCUAACCGAAGACACAGUGUCAUGGGAGGGGCCUCAGGAGGAGGAGGGGCACAUAGAAGAAGGAAAGAGAGGGGAGGAAGAGGAAGUGAGAGGGGAGGAAGAGGAAAAGAGAGGGGAGGAAGAGGAAAAGAGAGGGGAGGAAGAGAGAGGUGGGGAAGAGGAAGAGAGAGCGGAAGAGGGAAAGAGAGCAGAAGAGGAAGAGAGAGGAGAGGAAAAGGAGAGAGGUGAAGAAGAAAAAGGUGAGGAAGAGGACAAGGAGAAGGAAGAGGAGGAGCGUGAGGGGGAGAGGCAGGAGGGAAAGGAAGAGGAGGAGAAAGAGAAAAAGGGAGGUCCUGGCAUAAAACACGUGGCAAAGAAGUCUAAAAAGCCGCUCAACUUGGAUGACAUUAUCAUCAGCUCUGAGUCCUCCACAUCCGCGUCUUCACUGACUGAAACCUCAGAGAGUAACGAGUCGACCACACACUCCCAAAGUCCCGAAGUAAGCGAGAUCUUCAGAGAGGUCGGUCCAAAGGUUGAAAUUACCGAGGCACCUGCCGUCAGGCCUGAGGAGACCGAGAUGGAGUCUCUCAGGUGGAAGUUACUGCAGGAAGUUAAAGAGGAGGCUAACAAGGAGGCAGAAGUUUCAGCCCCAGGUCGGAGAGACAGAGAGUCAAGAACCUCUGGAAAGCUGUCCUACUUCCUCUCGGAAGAAGAAGGACAGAUAUCAUCCCAGUUCAAAGGGAGUUCCAAGGCGUCCAUGGUGUCCACCUCCACAGAAGACACCUUGUUCCAGAAGGAAGAGGUCUCCAAGGUGUAUCCUUUGACCAUGACCUGGUCCUUUGGAUGGAACAGUUUCCUCCCCGUCUACUACAUCCGGGAUAACCAGAGAGUCAUCCUCUACGUCUGUGCACACACGGCCAUCAUUUACAACGUCUUCAAGAACACACAGUACCACCUUCAGGGCCACCCUAACAUCAUCUCCUGCCUCUGUGUCAGCGAAGACAGGCGAUGGAUUGCCACAGCAGACAAAGGACCAGACUGCCUCAUAAUUAUAUGGGACUCCUUCACAGGAAUCCCUGUGCACACCAUAUUUGACAGCUGUCCAGAAGGUAAUGGCAUAAGAUCAAUAGCCAUCACCCGUGACGCCAAGCUUCUGGCUACCAUCUCAGAUGCCGAAAUCCAGAAAGUGUGCAUCUGGAAGUGGACUUUGGCAGUGGAGAAGCCUGCAUGCACUCUCGAUCUUCCCAAAGAGUAUGGUUUCCAGAACUACCUCACCUUCAACCCCAGGAACAACAAAGAACUGGUGAGCAACAGCAAGACGCAGGCCAUCUUUUACUCCUGGUUUGAAGAGAAGGGUAUCCUGGCUCACAGUGCCCCGGUUUUAACAGAGAAAACAUUCAACAAACUCGUGGGAAAAUUUAGCCAGUCCAUCUUUCACUUGAAGUUAUCGCAAAUACUGUCAGCCACGAAGGAAGGGAAGCUGGUUGUCUGGGACGUCCACUACCCGCCAUCGUCCUCCUCCGUGCCGGCCCUUCCUUUCAUCAAGCCUUGUAAACUGGUCCAUUUACAGAAGGAAGGCAUCACUGUCCUCACCACCGUAGACAACUACAUUGUCACAGGUGACAUUAAGGGCAACAUCAAGUUCUACGACCACACCCUGUCUGUCGUCAACUGGUACAGUAACUUCAAACUAGGUGCCAUAAGGACGCUGUCCUUUUCAAAGGCCCCAGCAAGUCCGCCUACCGAGAAAUCCAACCUCCCCAUAGACUGCACUUUGAAAGGUGACCUUUUCGUCGUCCGGAAUUUUAUUAUCGGAACAUUUGACGCCACGGUGUACCACAUGACGGCAGAUGGCACCAAACUCGAGAAGCUCUUUGUGGAGCCCAGGGAUGCCGUCUAUGCUAUCUCCUGCCACCCGUACCAACCCCUCAUCGCGGUUGGAAGUGUCUGUGGGAUGAUCAAGGUGUGGGACUACGAGAAGAAGAUGUAUCUGUUCAGCAGGGCCUUCGAGAAGGGGCUUGGAGUCCAGAGUCUGACCUACAACCCCGAAGGAGCCCUGCUUGGAGCUGGAUUCACCGAGGGGACAGUUUAUAUUCUGGACGCGAUGUCUUUAGAAAAUGAAAUUCCAGAGCCCUUCAAAUAUUCCAGAACAAGUGUGUCUCACGUCAGCUUCUCCCACGACUCCAACUACUUGGCGACGGCUGAUGUCAGUUUCACCGUGGCCGUGUAUAAGGUGGUGGUCAUAGACGGACAGAGGGUCUGGGAAUACUUGGCGAGACUCCGCUCUCAUCAUAACAGCAUCCAAAGCCUCCUGUUUGGUGUUCACCUGGACAGCAAUGAACCCAGGCUGCUGAGCCUCGGGAAAGACAGGUUCCUGAUAGAGUACAAUCUCAUCAAGAGCUACAAAGACCACCUGGAAGUCCUGGACAUUCACCGAACGGACCAGGGGACCUACCCUACCUGUAUGAUCUGGUACCCGCCGCUCACCAAGGAGCUCUUCCUGCUUAUCUGUAACAGCUGCUACAAAGUGAAGCUUUUCAAUUCCACCACGAAAAUGUGCAGAAAGACACUUCUCGGACCUGCUUACGGGUCUCCCAUCGAGUACACCCAGGUGCUCCCCGUAAAGAACACAUUCGAGCUGCAGAAACGCCACUUGGUAUUCAUCAACAAAGAUAAGGUCGGACUCCAGAUCUUACCUGUUGACGGCAACCCACACAAAACGUGUGCUAUCAUUUGCCACCCAAGCGGGGUGGCUGGCAUGGCCCUUUCCUAUGAUGGCCGCUAUGCCUUCACAGCAGGAGGCGAAGACUGCUCCGUGGCGCAGUGGGAAAUCAACUUAAGUGCCCUGGAGGCGGCUGUUUCUCUUGGGGGUGAAGACUUGACCCCGUUCUACGGUCUGCUGGCUGGUGGCAGGGAAGGAAAAUUCUACAGGGAGCUGGAGGAUUACUUCUACUAUUCUCAGCUCCGCAGUCAAGGUAUCGAUACGAUGGAGACCAGGCAGGUGUCAGAACACAUCUGCCUGUCGGAGCUCCCCUUUGUCAUGAGAGCGAUUGGUUUUUACCCAUCAGAGGAGAAGAUUGAGGACAUGUUUAAUGAGAUCAAGUUUAGUGAAUACGUGGACACUGGGAACCUCAUCGACAAAAUCAACUUACCGGAUUUCCUCAAAGUUUAUCUGAAUCAUAGGCCACCUUUUGGUAACACCAUGACUGGCAUCCAGGAGAGCUUUAACAUACUGGGUUUCAAAAAUUCCGAAGGGAAAAUGGUUAUUCGGAGAGAGGAUUUCCUGAACUUGCUCCUCACUAAAGGCGAGCACAUGACAGAGGAGGAGAUGUAUGACUGCUUUGCCACGCUGUUCGGCCUGAAACCUGAGGGGUGGAAAUUGGAGCCUGCAUCCACCUCCGUCAAAGAUCCAGAAAUCUGCCUCGAAGAAGAACUUCCAGACGAAAUCACUGCAGAAAUAUUCGCGACUGAAAUUCUUGGCUUAACCAUUUCUGACGGUUCCGGACAGUUGGAUCAGUGAUGUCACUGAGAAUGUUGGCAGCCCAAAGGACUUUGUGGGUGCUUGCACAUGUGUGUGCGCGUUUUCCAGGAGGUGUUCCUUUGUUCUGUACAUGCCUGCCC